CUGAGACGUGCAUUCUACGUCAGGACGACGGACUUCUUCAAGGCCCAGGUGAGAGAGACACCCUGAGUCCUGGGUGAGAGCCUUCGGGGUUCUUUGGGACUAGAGGAACCCUGAAACCAUGGAUCACCUAUAUAUGCUUUGAGACAUGCUUUAGAUGUUUUUUCUGGAAGCCCUGCAACUGCCGUAAAAAUUGAAUGUAUCAUUGAAAAGACCUAUGGCCAAUGGUGGCAGAGUCUACAUAGAACUAUGCUUCGUGGUGUUCUGGGAAAAACCUUUCGGCUUGUUGGCUAUACUAUUCAGUAUGGCUGUAUAGCUCAUUGUGCUUUUGAAUACGUUGGUGGUGUUGUCAUGUGUUCUGGACCAUCAAUGGAGCCUACAAUUCAAAAUUCAGAUAUUGUUUUUGCAGAAAAUCUUAGUCGACAUUUUUAUGGUAUCCAAAGAGGUGACAUUGUGAUUGCAAAAAGCCCAAGUGAUCCAAAAUCAAAUAUUUGUAAAAGAGUAAUUGGUUUGGAAGGAGACAAAAUUCUCAGCAAUAGUCCAUCAGGUUUCUUUAAAAGCCAUAGUUAUGUGCCAACAGGUCAUGUGUGGUUAGAAGGUGAUAAUCUACAGAAUUCUACAGAUUCCAGGUACUAUGGACCUGUUCCAUAUGGACUAAUAAGAGGACGUAUCUUCUUUAAGAUUUGGCCUCUGAGUGAUUUUGGAUUUCUACGUGACAGGCCUAAUGGCCACAGAUUUUCUGAUGAUUAGCAAGCAUUUAUUCUUUUGAUUUGAUUAUUGUCUUCUGCUAAAGUGAAUUUAUUAUUGUCACUGAAACCAUGUACUUACUAAUAAACUAUUUGCUAUUCA